UGUGUGUGUGACGCAGAAUAUGCGCACAUACAAAUCAUCGCACAGCUCGUGUCAUGAUAUCUAUCUGCAGGGCGCAGUGACCAACGUUAGUGUCGUUGUCAGUCAGCUCGGAGCUCAGUCAAGAUGGCAGCGCUAGCAGUGCUGGAAACCCCAUCAGGGAGAGACGCUCUCGCCGAGGGCUUGCUGGACCUCCUGAGACCCGCUGUACAGCAGCUCGACUUACAUGUGCACUCAGUCAGAGAAAGCCAAGUGGAACUUAGGGAACACAUUGAUAAUUUGGCAUCUGAGUUGAGUAGGAUCAAUGAACACCAGAAGGUGGCACUAGACUUAGACCCAUAUGUUAAAAAACUGCUUAAUGCCAGGCGAAGAGUGGUGCUGGUCAACAACAUACUCCAGAACGCACAGGAGCGUUUGCGAAGGCUGAACCAUAAUGUUGCUAAGGAGACGGCACGCAGGAAGACCGUGCUUGAGGCAUCUGGAGCAUUUACCCCACGCUCUCCCAGCAAACCAUGAUGUCUGAAAUCUCACAUUUUGGGAAUGCACCAUUACGCUGUGCUCAAUGCCAAGGACCAACGCUGUAGAUCUGCAGAAUCUUCCUCAGAUCAUUAAAGGGCGCUGGGCUAUGCAAAGCACUGCUUGCAGAACACUGCAGCAUUAAUGUCUGUUCACUUAAGAGAAGUCUGGGAGACAGCAGUGUAAAUAUGCACUCAUUUCUUUCUUGAACAUGUGACUUUUUAAUAAAACAUUUGUCUGUAUGAAUUUAA